AUGUCAGGAGAGCAACCUGGGGGAGGCAGCGCGGCCGCACCAAACUGGGUGACCGCACACUGGAAUCCGAAAUUCCGUCCCAGUGAGUUGAUCCACUAUAACUCUCCACAAACAGCAUACUCAAUGACCGCGAUCUUGGAGCUCGAUGCCACCACCCCUGAAGCAACCAUUGCAUCUGGGGUGGCCAUCUUCAAUAAUAUCAAUCUCGAUGGAAAUGCUACUGAGAAGAUAGUUGGGCCUCAUGCGUCAAUCUUCAAUAAUGGCAAGGUCGAUACCAAUAUCUCCAAGGGACAUGUUUCGCGUCCAGUGUCAAUCUUCGAUAAUUUCAACCUUGAUGACACUACCAUCGGAGACCUCCGACCUACAAUGUCACCUAAUAAAGGCAAGGGCAAACAGGGAGCAGAUGUCCCUUUCACGGUCGAACCUCAAGGCCAUGAGUUGCGUAUCGACGAUGCCGCCCCCAUCCUUACUCAUUCUAAAGGCAAGGGGAGAGCCGACGACGCCCCCGUCCCUACUCAGUCUAAGGGCAAGGGCCAAACCGGUGACGACAGCAUCAUCAUCCGCGUCGUCCAGCGAGAUCGUCCCGACAACGACGACCUGCACAAGGCAUUCCAGCUGCUGCCGGUAAAGGACAUGGACACCUAUGACGUCGUUGCCCGCAUCCUCGAGGAAGAGCGCCCCAUCCCGAAGUACACUCGAUUCAAGGAAACGCUGCCGGAGCCCGAAGAACUGGUGGAAGAAUAUGAGGAUUUCUGGGCAAUCAUCAAGGAAGCGGAAAGCAAGCCGAUGGUUCUUGGUCGUGAGUGCAUGGACGACAACUACCAGUGUUGCGAACGUGCCCCGGUUGAAGGCCUGCCUGUGCCUGAUGUGUUGCUCUCUGCGGCUCCGCCUCCUGCAGGGGCUUCCAACUCUGUGGAUAUGUCUUCUACCCAGGGUUCUUCUGCGGAGGCAUCUAGCUCUGUGGGGGUAUCCACCUCUACGGAAGCAUCUAGCUCUGCGGACUCAUUCGAUCUUCCAUCUUCAUCCGUGAAAGACGAAGAGUGGACUGCGGACGAUUGGAGCCCUGACUCUACGAUUGAAUGGACUGUUGACGGAGGACCUCUUGGCCCUUUCGAAGGGGAGUGUCUUCGAAAGGCGAGGGAGCGCAGGGUGACUCGCAUGGAGUUGGGCCUUCACCAGGACUUCAAGGUGUCUAAGAAGCUUCUCACCACCACCCCCGGUGCCGAGUUCUUCGACAUUUUGCUCAACGGACCGUUUGCCGAAGGCCAGGAUCAUUCUCACCCCAUCAUGAUCUAUUCGCAGGAUAUCUUCUGCAUGAAGAUCGUGUUCCUCUCAAUCCACAAUGCGGAUUUCGAGGGGACGUUUGAUUGCCCGCUCGACAAAAUCUAUGAGGUCUUGAGCACGUUCGAUUCUCUCACCAUGGAACUUUCUAUUGGAUCUACCUGGUUCGACCAUUGGUAUGCCUGGCGUCUGGGCCACGUUCCGCUUAUCCCACCCCAAUCCCGAGAAUUGCUUGCACCGGCAUUCCAUUUCGACGCGGCGAGAUCUUUCGCGAGAUUGACCCGAUAUAUCGUGUACUACCACGAUACCUACGCCCAACAGGGCUACCAGAGGACGCGUCCCAUUACCAAUGAACGACUCGAAUUGCCUGCUCGUAUCAUGCAGCAACUUGACUUUGCCAGAGGCCGUGUCCGCAACCAGAUCGUGAAAGGCCUGGAGUACCCUAUGUUUAUGCUUCUGACCUACGCGUGGAGUCCUGCUCGCAAGUUGACCGGUGCCGCCUCGCAUGUUUACCUGCCUGAUCAUCGCGGAAACGACGCCAACUGCAUCUACAAGAGCCAGACCGUCGGCUGCUACGUCGAAGCCUUGAUCCAACACGGUGUCUUCCCGGUGCACGAAGCCACCCAGCGCAUGUCGAUCAGUGAGAUCCUUCAGAAGCUCCGGACCUUCCGAAUGCCCGCACUUGCGGGUUGCCGCACGUGUGCAAGGAUGCUCGAAGACAUGGUUCACCUUCUCGCCAGCCAUGCCCAUCGAUAUUUCGACGGCCUCUGCAUCGAUUGCAUGGAAAAGGAUCAUGCUAUCCAUCCUUUUGUGGAAGAUCUCAACCUUCGGGAUAUCUGGGUCAGGCCCACGAAGCGCAUCAGGAAACUGCAGGCCAAGGUGCGCACGCAUAAUGAUUGCAGCCUUGAAUGCUCGUUCGAGCAUGGAAACGCGUCUUGGUAUUACUCCUACAUGUGCCGUGAGGACGCUCAGUACCGUCGCCUAGCGAACUCUACGCUCCGCAGGAAGUUUAGGAGGCAGAAGACUGCUGCUACCUUAUCCGCAUUCCCUCCUCAGCAGCCCACUGGCUCUACGCAACCGGGCCCUUCCUCUGCCCAGCAGGCCUCUUUCUCCACCCAGCAGGCCACUUCCUCUACUCAGCAGGCCACUGCCUCUGCACAGCUGGGCCUCUCCUCUGCUCAGCAGCCGUAG